AUGAAAAAAAAAUCUGUGAGACAUAAAAACUGCUUAUGCGUCUAUGUGUGUGUGUGUGUGUGUGUGUGUGUGUGUGUGUGUGUGUGUGUGUGUGUGUGUGUGAUCGUAGACCCCCUGGCUCGGGGUCGUGCCUUCCGCAUGGUGGAGGAGGUAGAUGGACUCAGUGUCCCGCAAACUCCCAUCACGCCCGGCACCGCCUCCCUUUGCUCCUUUUCCAGCUCCCGCUCUGGCCUCAACAGGUUGCCACGCCGACGCAAACGAGAGUCUGUCGCAGUCAUGAGCCUUAAGGCUGCGGCGGCACUAAUGAAGGUGUUUGUUUGUUUUUACUUCUUGCUGUAUAAUAUUUGUGUUAUAUUUUGAUUCAAUCAACAAAUGUUUGUGCUUUGCAGAAUCUAAGCUUUAAACUCUCUGUCCUCAUUUAAACUUUUUAAGCCUCUGCAGCUUCUGUUGUUACUGGAAUAUCAAUUAUUAUCAAUUGUGAAUUAAAGUUUAAUAUUGUAUAAUGUUUCUCCAUCAAUAAGUGAAGCCAGCGCAUAAUUUAAGCAUUUAAAAACAUUAUCCAAGCAUGUAAUCUCCAGAAGAUACUAGGAAAAACUACAUCUGUUUUAUCCUGAUACAACCCUGCUGCCACAUAUGUAAAAGGAUGGGUUUUAUCUAUGUUUUAACAUCUAUGCUCGUUGAUAAAUAUCUGUGUGUGAUGUUAUGUAAACUAUGAGAUCAGCUGCUAUAAUGCAGAUUAAACUAAGAGGAAAACUCUUACAGUGGAUGACUCUCUCCAUGUAGCCCACUCGGUGUACUCAUGUGUUUGGUAUAAACAGCUGGGUGGAUGUUCACUCAGAGUAUCUGUUAGUGGAGUGGGGGUUACCAGAGACAUUUAACUAGCAGAUGGCUCAUGAUAGUGCGCAGCCAGUGCCCUGAUUUCUGCUGGAUUGGAUAUUCCAGAGAAGCAGAGCUAAUCCACUGACACAGAGUCCUCUGCUGCUACGUAACACUCACCAGUCAUUAAGAAAGAAAGAGUACAGUCGGGGAUUCCCCUGGAUAAACUUCUGAAACCUUCGAUAUAUUCAAUCCUCUCAGCUUGUGCAACAUCUUAACUCUUCACAGUACCAUAAACCAUGACCAUAAUGCCACUAAUGAUGAUGACAUGUGAGUGUUUCUUGCUUGUGUGUAUGAUCCUCGCUGUCAGGGCCGGACGUUAGGUGAAAGCACGGCCGGGCGGUGUCGCAAACGAAGUUUCAUGCCACCGAGUUUCUUUGAAGACGACACUGUGGACUUUCCUGAUGAUCUGGACACGUCCUUUUUCACCAGAGUGAGCAUAAACACACUUCCACACACUUCAAGGAUAACCUUCAGUUUAUUCAGCUGCAUCUUUUAGAAAUAAAGUUUGAUUUGAUUAUCAUUUUAAUAAUCAAGUCAACAUAGAUGCACACAAUAACCUCAAUUCUCUGCUUUUCUUCAGCCUGCACUUACUCAAACCAUGCUGAAGUGUCUCUGUUAUAUCUUACUUUUAAAAAACUCAAACUUGUGAAAUAAACCAAACAAAACAUAUAAGCAACCCUUGAAAGCCAAAUCAUUUGCUUUUAUGCCCCAGAGGUGACAACAGUCAUGUUUAGAUAGAAACAAACAGUGGUGUGCAGAUGGCUUAGUGGGUUAGUGAGCCCUGCGUAUGGAGAUCACAGUCCCCACAGCAGCCACGGGUUCAAGUCCAGCCCCUGACCAUGUGCUGCAUGUCCUCCCUGAUCUCUCUCUAUCUCCCCAUAUAUCCAAUCUGUCCUAUCAAUAAAGGCUAAAAAUCACCCCCACAGAUUUCUUAAACCAAGUCAGAUCAAUAAUAUAAAUAUUGCACAGAUCCCUGAGAGGAUUCCCAUUUUGGAUUCUGUGUCCUCUCUGCCUUUUUUUCUACUGUUCUUACCUUUUCCUUGUUUUACCCACUGUAAAAAUGUCAAAUCCCUCACCAAAACCACCUCUGACAUCUCCAUCCACGUUGACCAAUCCCAUAUCACCCCCUCUUCACUCGUCCGUAACCUUGUAAUCCAUCUCGACCCCAACCUCACUUUUGACCACCAUAUCUCCCAACUUGCCCGCUCUGCCUUCCUUCACCUGAAAAACAUUGCAAGACUCCGCCCCUUUCUCUCCCCAUCUGCUGCCGAAACCUUGAUACACGCUUUCAUCACCACCAGACUGGACUACUGCAAUAGCCUCUUCUACGGUCUCCCCUCCACCACCCUCAACAAACUUCAACACAUUCAGAACUCCGCCGCCAGACUUCUCACCCGCACCCGCCCAUACGACCACAUCACCCCCGUCCUCCGUCAUCUCCACUGGCUCCACCCUUUGGAACUCCCUCUAAACACAUCUGUGAAUGCCCGGACCUCAUCAGCUUCAAAUCUGCCCUCAAAACCUACCUUUUCACACUCGCUUUUAUUGACCCCCCCAACUCACCAUUAUCCAACCCCUCACAUCUGCCCCUCCCACUUGUAUUCUUUUAUUCUUUUUAUUCGAUUUUAUCUUAUUUUUAGCUUGUUACUAUUAAUCUUUGCCUCAUUGUAUUUUUAUGUUUUUUAACUUUCUGUAAAGUGUUUUUGAGCUCCUGUAAAAAGUGCUAUACAAAUAAAAUAAAUUAUUAUUAUUAUUAUUAUUAUUAUUAUUAUUAUUAUUAUUAAAUGAUCUUUCUGCACAUUUUUAUGAUUACAGUUAGGUCUCCAGUGUUGGUAAUAAGAGCCACAGAGGCAAUGGUCUUUUUUCUUAAACAUGAAUCAGCUACAUGACACAGCCAUUCAACAACCCCUGUAGUUAUGGACGUACUUAUGCUCAUGUUUCGUUCACUAAUAGAUAUUUUUUUAAAAUAUUAAUUUAAUCUACAAAUAUGUCCUUCCUGCUGCUUCAAGUUACCACCUAAUGUAAACUGUUUUCCAGCCUGAUGGCUGAAGCAUACAACCCUUUAAACUGAACUUAUUUUUGACAUUUGGGCUUGAGUCACACUUUUUGACUCCCUUUUUCUCGGUAGGACGGUCUGCAGGAUGAGUUGUCCAGCUACGCUGAUGAAGUUUUUGAGACUCCCUCUGAGGCUGACCUCAAACAGCUGGAUGAAAGGGAGCUUACAGGAAGUGCGCUGGACAAGAGCGAGCUGGAGAGGAGCCACCUCAUGCUGUGCGUGAUCAUUUACAUGCACACAUAAACCUCUGACACUCUGCAGGGGUGAAAGUACUCUCAUAUGAUUUAUCUCUAUUAAAACAUCCCUCUAUCCUCUUCCCGUCACUGCAGGCCCUUAGAGCGGGGAUGGAGAAAAGCAAAAGAUGUCUCUCUGGUUCAACCCAGGGUUCGACUGAAACAGGAAGUUGUAAGCACCAACAACAAGCAGCAGAGGGGACAGAAGAUCGUAGUUCCCGUUAAAAGACUGUUUGCCAAAGAGAAGAGGCCUUACGGACUUGGCAUGGUGGGACGUCUCACUAACAGGUCUUACCGGAAGAGAAUUGACAGCUUUGUCAAAAGGCAGAUUGAGGACAUGGAUGAUCACAGGUAGGGGAGCAGCUGAAAUUUUAUAUUAAAGAUGGCUGCUGUGAUGUAAAACUAAAUAAUCCCUCUGUUCUCUGCAGGCCUUUUUUCACCUAUUGGAUCACAUUCGUCCAUUUGCUCAUCACCAUUCUUGCAGUCACCAUCUAUGGCAUUGCACCUAUUGGUUUCACACAGCAUGAAACCGUCGACUCUGUGAGUAUAUUUCCAGGUCUUUACUUCAUAAGUUGCAGAUUGUUUUGAAUAGUUUUUGUAAAAACACACAACUCGGUAAUAUCAGUUUGUGUUUUUUUAGGUGCUGAGGAACAAGGGAGUUUAUGAAAAUGUCAAGUUUGUACAACAACAAAACUUCUGGGUUGGUCCAAGCUCAGUGAGUAUUGGUUUUCUUUGUCAAACACACUCUGUGGUAAGUGUAUCCCCAUCAGAGACACACUUAACAGUUUGUAUAUCAUCAUUUUAAAUGCCUGAAACUGGUGCGAGAGGGUAGGUGUCAGCUGAGGGGCAGAGGAGACCGCCCCAGUUUUUAAAAUUUCAACAUAAAAUAUUUACAAUAAAUUAAAAAGUUUUAGAAUUACCGAUUUUGUAAAAUAUACUAGCCGAGCAAUUAGUGCUUUGUCAACUGACACAAAAGUUUCUCUCUUUGGCUUCUGUCCUGUAGGAGGCGCUGAUACACCUUGGAGCAAAGUUUUCCCCAUGCAUGCGUCAGGACCAAGAGAUUCACAAACUAAUACAUGAAAAAAGAGCGAAGGAGAGAGAGUCCGGCUGCUGUGUCAGGAACGAUCGCUCUGGAUGUCUACAGACUUUACAGGAGGAAUGUUCGGUCAGUGAAACAGUCACAGAUAUAUGAACCCAAACUGUAGUCCUUACAGUCAAACCCAAGACAAUAUUUUCAUCAUGUUUGCUUGAUACAGGUGACAAAAUAGUCAAAAUUUGCAAAUGGGGACAGCUUUUGUCACUACAUCAGCAGUUUUAGUUUCCUGUGGGACAAAAUGAAAACAGAUCAAUAAAUUUCUUCUCCGUUUGUCUCUGCUUUGCUGCAGAGCACCCUAGCUGUGUGGGUGAAGUGGCCUCAGCACCCUAGUGCUCCCACUCUGAAUGGUACACUCCGCCAACAUGGGGCAGUCUGCCAUCAGGACCCCAGGUAGUGUAGACAACUUUGAGUAAAGUGUCAGCUCUUUUACUGAGCAGAUCCCUCUCUUUUCAUACUCACUCCUUCUACUUUCAAUGUCUAUAGAAUCUGUCUGGAGCCGGCCUCAGUGUCCCCUCAUGACUGGCCUGAUGAUAUCACCAAAUGGCCAGUAAGAACAUGUAUAUUAUAUUAAAAUUUAAUCAUUGAGAUAUUCAGAGCAUCUACAGUACAGAAUAAAAUGUCCACUGGUUCUGAUCUAUAGGUUUGUACAAGAUACAACUCUGGGAAUCACACCAACCUCCCCCACAUAGACUGCACCAUCACAGGCCGGCCCUGCUGCAUCGGGACCAAAGGACGGUAAGACGGUCAUAUGAUGGAUUUAAUUUGCCAAAAGUGCAACUACAAUUGUUUAAAUAUUGGUCACUAUAUCGAUGAAUGAUGGUUUUAAUUUCAUGUCUUAGAUGUGAAAUCACUUCCAGAGAGUACUGUGACUUCAUGCACGGCUACUUCCACGAGGAGGCAACCCUCUGUUCGCAGGUAAACCAGACAGACUAACUUAAUCUAAGAUGUGCUUUUUAAGGGAUCUCUUUUUUUCCCUGCAACCCGAUGUGAUAUAUUUGAAGAGUGUUUGAUGUACUUUUUUUGUCUUGAAUUUAAAACUUUGCUGCUCCAGGUGAGGCUCGAACUCACAACCUCGGCAUUGCUCUGCAGGUCACUGUCUUAUAAGUACCGCGCGCUAACCGAUUGCGCCACUGGAGCUUGUAGAUUCCUACUGAUCAAUCGCAUCAAAGUACUCUAGAUUAUGUUCAAACUAGGGCACAGAUACCAUCUUGCUAUGACAAAAACCUAUAUUUUAUAUCUAUCGAGCAAUUGUCUCUUGUCAAGACUGAAAUUUCUUGUGAUUUGGCUCCACUCAUGGCCUUUCAGGAGUUUCUGCAAAUCAACAGGGUUUCCUGGUUGGUCAUGAUGAACCAACAUUCCCCAUGGUAGAGCACCUUUAUCCACACAGUAUUGGUUUUUAAUCAGAGCUUUCAAACAAGUGUGUAUGGCACAGCUGCUGAGGCAAGUUUAAUCCACUCAAUCAGUCUCAGUGAUGCACAAACUCCUUGUGCUGAGAAAGUAAAGCAAGUCACAGACUAAAAUUCUGCUGCUCCAGGUGAGGCUCGAACUCACAACCUCGGCAUCACUCUGCAGGUCACUGUCGUAUAAGUACCGCGCGCUAACCGAUUGCGCCACUGGAGCCUGUACACAGCUGAUGAUCGGACUGUACUUGGACUGGAUUCAUCACAGUUCAGUGCCCUGGCUGAGAGUUGACAGGAGUUUGGAGUGAGCUGAAUUGUUUCUCUUGUGGAUAUUUUCAGUGCUAUUCUCACUUAAUGAUGUCAAACAAGCCCAUUGUUUUUGUAAUUAUUAAACUUGGAAAUGAUAGGGACCAAGUGUUCCAUAAACUUUAAAUAACCUCACCAAAGUUUAGAGAUGAGUCUCUAUUUGGAAAAAGCAGAAUCAGUUGACUUUAUCAGAGGUGCAUUGUUUUUUUAUUUAUCGCCAAUUACUUGUUAGUGAGUUUCAGCUCUAUGCACAACAACAGCCUGAGUGCACCUCUUUUUUCAGAGUGGACUUUUAUUUCAAUAUCCAUGCUAAAUUUCUGCUGCUCCAGGUGAGGCUCGAACUCACAACCUCGGCAUUGCUCUGCAGGUCACUGUCGUAUAAGUACCGCGCGCUAACCGAUUGCGCCACUGGAGCCUGCUGACAGAUGAUGAUCAGACUGUACUUGGACUGAAUUUAUCACAGUUCAUUGCCCUGGCUGAGAGUUGACAGGAGUUUGGAGUGAGCUGAAUUGUUUCUCUUGUGGAUAUUUCAGUGCUAUUCUCAGGUGGAUGAAAAUGAGAUGAGAGUUGGUCUGAUCUUUAAAGAUGGGGCUCAGUCUGAUCCCAUCUGUACAUUGGGUCUUUGAUAAUUGAGUUUGGUCUAAACCAGCUUUUCUUUGUCAAGCAUCUUUGAUAACACUUGUGGUGAAUUGGUGCUUUAUAAAUACAGAUUGAUUGAUUGAUUGAUUGAUGACUCUGGCAAUAGUGUAAACCUUUAUUUCAGCAUUAUUUAGCCCCAGCCUGAAAUGCUUCAUUUUUGCUGCUUUUCCAGUGACCUACAGUUACACACACCUACAGCUUGUGGGUGUUACUUUUUAUCCAGUUUUGUUGUCAUAAACCUACCCAAUCAGGAAACAUCUGAAGGAAGCUGUUAGUGCACGCAGGUAGCACAACCUACUAUCGUGAAUUUAUGCAGGGGUUGUUGUAAGUGCUCAGAUUUCAAGAUCAGUGUAAUUUCUGUCCGACUGCACAUCCUUUUUCAGAGUGGACUUUUAUUUCAAUAUCAACGCUAAAUUUCUGCUGCUCCAGGUGAGGCUCGAACUCACAACCUCGGCAUUGCUCUGCAGGUCACUGUCUUAUAAGUACCGUGCGCUAACCGAUUGCGCCACUGGAGCCUGCGGACAGCUGAUGAUCAGACUGUACUUGGAUUGAAUUCAUCACAGUUCAUUGCCCUGGCUGAGAGUUGACAGGAGUUUAGACUGAGCUGAGUUGUUUCUCUUACGGAUAUCUCAGCUCAUAACUCUUGAAUGAAUAGGGACUUUACUUGAAAAUGAUGGGGACCAAGUUUUCCAGCACAUGCCUCUAAAUAAACUCCACAUAGCUUAGAGAUAAAUUUCUAUUUACAGAUUUUGUAUAGAGUUGAAUCAGUUGACUUUGGUAUCAGAGGUGCAGUGUUUUUUCUGUACAGUUACACUCAGCUUUACUUUUCACACAGUUUUGUUGUCAUGCAUGUACACAAAGGUAAGAGGGGAUAGGUGUCAGCACGCACAGCAAGCACAAACUGCAUUCUAACCAGGCUUUUGGACGUAAAUUAGAACACUUUACCAUCAUCAAUUUAUACACGGGUUGUUGUAAGUGGUCAGAUUUCACGGUCAGUGGGAUUUCUGUCAGAUUGCACAUUGUUUUUUAGGGAGGACUUUUAUCUCAUUAUCCAUGCUAAAUUUCUGCUGCUCCAGGUGAGGCUCGAACUCACAACCUCGGCAUUGCUCUGCAGGUCACUGUCUUAUAAGUACCGCGCGCUAACCGAUUGCGCCACUGGAGCCUGCUGACAGCAGAUGAUCAGACUGUACUAGGAUUUAAUUCAUUACAGUCCAUUGCCCUGGCUGAGAGUUGACAGGAGUUUAGACUUAGCUGAGCUGUUUCUCUUAUGGAUAUUUCAGCUCAUAACUCUUGAAUGAAUAGGGACUUAAUGAUGUCAAACAAGCCCAUUGUUUUUGUAAGAAUUAAACUUGAAAAUGAUAGGGACCAAGUUUUCCUGCACAUGCCUCUAAUUAACCUCACCAAAGUUUAGAGAUAAAUUCCUAUUUACAGAUUGUGUAAAAAGAGUUGAAUCUGUUGACUUUGGAAUCAGAGGUGCAGUGUUAUUUUGAACAGUUACACUCAGCUUUUGGUUGUUACCUUUCACACAGUCAUGAAUUUACACAAAGGUAAAAGGGGAUAGCUGUCAGCAUGCACACCAAGCACAAAUUACAUUCUUAGCAGGCUUUUGGAUGUAAACCAGAUCACUUUACCAUCAUCAAUUUAUACUCAGGUUUUUGUAAGUGCUCAGAUUUCAAGGUCAGUGGGAUUUCUGCACAUCCUUUUUUCAGAGUAGACUUUCAUUUCAAUAUCAUGCUAAAUUUCUGCUGCUCCAGGUGAGGCUCGAACUCACAACCUCGGCAUUGCUCUGCAGGUCACUGUCUUAUAAGUACCGCGCGCUAACCGAUUGCGCCACUGGAGCCUGCUGACAGAUGAUGAUCAGACUGUACUUGGACUGAAUUCAAAACACUUACUCUCCCCCACAGGAUUGCAGCAUUGGCUCUGCAGGCUGACUGAUGGCUUUAUUAACCUGGAGUGUUUUCUCCAUUACUCUCUCUUCCUCUCUCUCUCUCUUUCAGGUGGCCUGCAUGGAUGAUGUGUGUGGUUUGCUGCCUUUCCUCAACCCGGAGAUCCCAGAUCAGUUUUCUCGACUCUGGCUGUCUCUCUUUCUCCAUGCAGGGUGGGUUUAAUCAAAUCUGUAUAUUUUAAGAUAUCACAUGGAUUUGGGUAAUUACUAAGGAUUCCUAUUGUAUUUUUGUCGAUAGAAUCCUGCACUGCCUGGUAUCAGUAUUUUUCCAGAUGACAGUGCUGAGGGACCUGGAGAAACUAGCAGGCUGGCUGAGGAUUUCCAUCAUCUACAUGUUAAGUGGCAUCACCGGAAACCUGGCCUCAGCUAUCUUCCUGCCGUACAGAGCAGAGGUGAAACUUCACCUUCACAACCAACUAUAAGGAAGUACUGUAUCUUACACUAAAACUGAGACUGCUACACAAUUUUUUGUCUCUGUCUCAGGUGGGUCCUGCAGGCAGUCAGUUUGGUAUCCUGGCCUGCCUGUUUGUAGAGCUGUUCCAGAGCUGGCAGAUCCUUGAACGACCAUGGCGAGCCUUCGCGAAGCUCCUAGCCAUCUCUGUUUUCUUCUUCUCCUUCGGUUUGCUUCCUUGGAUUGACAACUUUGCCCACAUCUGCGGUUUUGUGUCAGGGUUCUUCCUGUCCUUUGCUUUCUUGCCAUACAUCAGGUAGGUGGAGACAAAAGUUUGGUACGUUUUGGAGGAAAUAAGUUGUUUCCCCCUGACUUAAUAACUUGGAGUUAUGAUUGAAAAUGAGUUUUUUUCCUCCCCUCAGUUUUGGGCCGUCUGACAUGUAUCGCAAACGACUCCAGAUCUGCGUCUUCCUGUUGGUCUUCCUGGGUCUGCUCUCUGCCCUGGCUGUCCUUUUCUACGUCUACCCAGUGAAGUGCGACUGGUGCGAGUACCUCACCUGCAUCCCCAUCACAGAUGAGUUCUGUGAGAAGUACGACCUGAACGCACAUCUCUUCUGA